AUGGUGGAAAAGAAAGUUGUGAUCAUAGGAGGUGGAGUUGCUGGUGCAGUCCUUGCUAAAACUUUACAAGAUCAAGCUAAUGUCACUCUUAUUGAUCCGAAGGAGUAUUUUGAGAUUCCAUGGGCAAGUUUAAGGGCAAUGGUGGAGCCAUCUUUUGCAGAAAGGACAGUGAUAAACCAUAGAGAAUAUUUCAAAAAAGGUGACCUUAUUAUAUCAAGUGCUACCAACAUAUCUGAAUCUGAAGUCUUCACUUCAGAUGGCCGUAAAAUUUCAUAUGAUUAUCUUGUUAUCGCCACCGGUCACACCGAACUUAUCCCGAAAACAAGGACUGAAAGAAUCGACCAAUACAAAGGAGAGAAUACGAAGAUAAAAUCAGCGCGUUCGGUUUUGAUUAUCGGGGGAGGUCCAACCGGAGUCGAGCUAGCAGCGGAAAUCGCUGUUGAUUUUCCUGACAAAAAGGUGACUAUAGUUCAUAAAGGAUCAAGGUUGCUAGAAUAUAUUGGGACAAAAGCUUCAAGAAAGACUCUAAAAUGGCUUAAAUCAAAGAAAGUUGAUGUCAAACUUGGACAAUCUGUUGACUUGGACUCUUUCACAAAUGAAAAUAGAACAUAUCAAACUUCACUUGGAGAGAGUAUAGAAGCAGAUACACAUUUUGUAUGUAUAGGGAAGCCUCUUGGUUCGUCUUGGCUUGGUGAAACUCUUUUGAAAAAUUAUUUGGAUGGUGAUGGAAGAAUAAAAGUUGAUGAGUACUUGAGAGUUAAGGGGAAGAACAAUGUUUUUGCAAUUGGAGAUAUUACAAAUGUUCAAGAACUAAAACAAGGAGUGUUUGCACAAGGUCAUGCAAAACUAGUAGCCAAGAAUCUAAAGCUAUUGAUAGAAGGAGGAGGGAAAGCACCAAAACUAGGAACUUACAAGGCACAAGCCCCAAUGUCAAUUGUUUCACUUGGAAGAAGACAUGGUGUUGCACAAUUCCCUUUCAUGACAGUUGUUGGAAGGUUUCCUGGUAUCAUCAAAUCAGGAGAUUUGUUUGUUGGAAAAACCAGAAAGGACUUAGGACUUGAACCUAAUGUUAAGAAAUCUUAA